AUGUUCGUGCUACCUAACUGGGGGUUCAGAAACACUGUCCACGCAUACCACUCCGACGACUCCGUCAAGCUGCCGCUCAAGCCCCUCUCCCCAGGGUCCACCACUGCCACUUCCUCCGUCUCCUUAAACCAGUUUGUCGAAACGAGGAUCCCGGACAUCAAGGACGGCGCCAAACAUGUCCUAAAGCCUUACCUUUUCACGGGUACCCUGCAGACCUUGUACACCUUCAAGGCAGACUUCCACCAGACAUACCCCGUCUACUUCGCUCGUGAAAUCAUCACCAUCACCGAAGAUGACGUGGAGUCCUCCCGUACAACCUUUGAACACUUGCACCCGGGCGAGUUCACCUUGGACUACGUUGUCGCACCACCGGUAGAAGAACUGGACGAUGAAGUUUUUAAGGCCCGCUCCGCAGAGACAAUCCCAGAGGGCUAUCCAAAGUUGCGCCCUCGUUGUCGUUACUACACCACCAAGGAGCUCGCCGCCCUCAAGGAAGAUUGGUCCAAAGACGGCGCUCCCAUCAGCAUCAUAUUACCCGGGUUGGCAGGAGGCAUUCAAGAAGCUCCCAUCAGAUCCACCUGCUACAAGUUGUACAAACAGGGCCAUCAUGUCCUUGUUCUGAACCAGAGAGGCGCCAGUCGUUCCAAAAUCACUACGCCCUACCUCUAUACAGGCUUAGACACAGACGACAUCAAAUACAUCAUACACAAGUUCCAGCAAGAAUUUUCAGAUGAGGUCCACAUCAAGAGACAAUUCCAUGCCAUUGGAUACUCCUUCGGUGGUCUACAACUCGUCAACUACUUGGGCAAGGAAGGCAAGGAUUCCAAAUUGACUUCUGCAAUCACAAUCUCCUCCCCAUGGGAUUUGAACGAGUCCAUGUCCCACGUGGACAAGUCCAUCAGCGGCCACUACCUCUUCCAGCCGGUAAUCAUCCAUAUGUUGCUCAAGAUGGUCAAGAGUAACAGGGAAGCCUUGAGUGCGAGACCGGAUUUGUUCAAUGACGAAGUUUACCAGGAUCUAAAGAAAAGGAUAAAGUCUCCGGUGGAGUUCGACAAUCAGUACACUUCCAAGUUGGUUGGCUUCCCAAGUGGUAAACUCUACUACUACGCCGCGUCACCCCUAUGGAGAAUAUUCCAGAUUAGAACCCCUCUAUUGGUAAUCAACUCUACCGACGACCCAAUGAUCUCCACUGACUACCCAUACCUUGAAGUAAAAAAACAGCCUUGGAUAUAUAUGGCCACUGCAGACCUCGGUGGUCACUACUCUUUCAUCAAGAAUGACGGCGACUUCUGGUUCUCCAACGUGGUUGAAAGCUGGAUCGACUCCUGGAAAGAACUCGAUGUCUUCACUCCACAUGAUGUUGAUGACAACGGGUGGGAUAUCCCAACAAGAACAAAGAUCGUUUGA